UGAAAGGCCAGGCUUCACUCCCCGGCCCUGGCUGGAGCUGGGCGGUUCUGUCUUUCCAGUCCUUUGUCUUUACCACUAGGCCGCAUUCCUCCCCCCACCGAAAAAGUUGGAAGGAACAAGUGACUGAAAAUAAGCGGACAUUGUUAAGCAGACCAUUUCAGUGGGGUCAUUUUACCCUCCCCGGCUGGCUUUGUAAAGUACCAUCCCCUCUCGGUUCCCCUCCUGUUUGCGGAGUACAUUGUUUAUUCCUUCGCCAAGCCUUUCUGUAGCCCCCUAAGCAUACACAGUGUUACGCAACCCAGAACAAAAUGCACCAUGUGCCCCAGAGCUCAGAGAGUCAUGGGAGUGCCUGUGGGGAAUAAACUCUGGAUCUGCAGAUUAAACUACUGAUCUCUGCCAUCCCCCCUGCCUUCCAUGCACGCACACCCCCACGUGCUGCUCUUUUUACUCAUGGAAGAGCUUUUACUAGUGAUCCCCUUUGGUGGGUGUGUUUUGUAACCGUAACUUUCAUCCCUUAUGUUUAGGUUGGAUUUUGCAUGUUGCCCUGUUCUCCCUGCCAGAAGGCAGCUCGUAGGAGUGGGGUGAUUUCUGUGCCAGACAGGAAGCAGCAGCUGGAGCAGCUCUUGAGCCAAGGUGACUUCCUUGAAAGGUCAGCUGAGUGCAUUGGAAGAGAGACAAUGGCCCAGGAAACGAAUCAAACACAGGUGCCUAUGCUGUGUACUACAGGCUGUGGAUUCUACGGCAGCCCUCGGACCAAUGGAAUGUGUUCGGUUUGCUAUAAAGAGUAUCUACAAAGACAACAGAGCAGUGGCCGGAUAAGCCCCCCAGCAGCAAAUUGUCCCAGCAGCAGCCCUGUGGCUUCUGACUCUAUCCCAGGGCAAGGCCCAGAGGGAGACCCCACGCCUGAAGAUGUGAAAGCCAGCUCUCAGAGUCCUGUGACCCAUCAGAUGACGGCCAUGAGCAUAUCCAGAGAGGAGACCAGCAGCGAGACGGUCGGACACAGCAACACAGAAGAAACUUCACCGGUGUCUUCCUCAUCAGGGACCCUCCUUGAAAUAUCCCAGAACUCCUCAGAGGGGGAGAAGGCUGAAGAAAAACCCAAACAGAAGAAGAAUCGCUGUUUCACGUGCCGGAAGAAGAUCGGGCUAACUGGCUUCGACUGCCGCUGCGGGAACCUGUUCUGUGGCAUCCACCGGUACUCCGACGUGCACGGCUGCCCCUAUGAUUACAAGGCGGAGGCGGCCGAGAAGAUCCGCAAGGAGAACCCCAUCAUCGUGGCAGAGAAGAUCCAGAAGUUGUGAAGGAAGCUGAGCACUUGAGCCGUGCGACUCGGCACUCCCCCUCCCCACCCUUCUUCCCAAGGUGUCUGGGAUCCAGCCAGGACGGGAGGAGACUCAGCCGCCCAGCGGCUCCUUCCCCUCCUCACUUCCCCUCCUCAAAGCAUCGCCCGGCUGACCUGGGUUGGGGAUCCGCCCCCUGCCCCCGAUGUUCCGAACUUUGGACUUGUCUUCCAGUGGAGCUGCCUGUUCCUCUAGCAGCCCCCGGCUUGGCAAACUCCCGGCAGUCUGCUGCGAGCAUCCGUGAGUCACUGCAGCGCCCCGGUCUCUCCGCCCACUCACAGGUGGCGCAAGGAGUCUCGGCCGCCAGCUCCUCUCCCUCGAGGCAGAGUGUCUCACACCCAGAAAAAGGAUUCUGCAUUUUCAGCCCUGAAUUUUCUCCCCUGCCUCGUAAGAAGCUGGUGGGGUUGGGAGGGGCUUGUUAAGCAGCGGCUGAUGGUCCAGCUGAGUUGGCUCACGGCUCGCAGACACUGCAGCAAAGCGAGUUCCAUCCACGAGCGAGGACCGUUAAGGAAAGACAUGUAAAUUCCUCUUGCCUUUCCCUAGGCUGUGUCGGAUGGCUGGCUGCCCUGGCCUUGUGUUCCAGGCUGGUUGUGGGCGGCUUCCCGAGCCCCACCAGAGCCCACACGCCGGUAACCCCUCCACCCUUCCCACUCUUUACCUUCUGCCUUAUCGUAUGAUUCUCUCUUAUCAGGGUUGUGCACAAAGCCGGACCAGCAACCCCCCCCUUUGCUGCACGCAUGCAAAUCUCAGAGAUCUCUCUCCCCCCUCCCGGCCUCGCUGAUAUUCAGUGAGACUCUCUCGAGUGGGUGGGUCUGGUGGGAAAUCACACCGAGCUGCUGACCUCUCCCAGCCCCCUACUUGUCCCCAGGGGGUAGCCGGAGUAGUGGAGCCUCAGCUGUUGUAAAUCAGCUGAAUAUGCCUGCUAAGGCACUUGCGCUGUUCUGUCCCAUACAAGUGUCCCCUCCUCCCAAGCCGUUCCCAGAUGUGCAUCCAAUGGGGCUGAUUAUGGGCACCUUUGGGUGCCAGAUUGAGGUGCUGGUCCUGGCAUCACGGAGGGAAACUCCCAGCAUCAGGGCUCUUGACGGGAUGUGAAAAGAGGGUUUGGGUUUGGGAUGGGGGUGCGGGGUGAAAUCCUCUCCUGUGCAGAGAGCCAGCCCCACACCUGUGCGCCACUGGAAUUCGCUAUCAUUCUUGUGCUGAGCGGGGCUUGGCCUGUGGGCCCUGGGCCGGCUCUCCGCAGCGGUGGGAAUUUCACCCAGGACACGCUGUAGCUAUUGCCGCAGGAAUCUGCCUUGUGGGAGCUUUCGGAGGGGAGUGUUGGGGGUGGCUCCUUCUGGUCUGUUCUCCACAAGGCCCAACAAACAGAACCAGCCGUGAGUUCUAGGAGCCGCAAACGUGACACGAGCCCCUGGAGCACAAGGCAGCUGAGAUGCCUCUGCCCCGCUUCGAAACUCUCCCAUGUGAUCAACUUGUUUCCUUCAGCAUGGACUUUCCAGGAACGGUGCGGAGAGCAGUUCAGGUCCCUGGGCCAGGCUCAGCGGCUGUACAGUGACAGUGAAAUGUGCGAGGCCGUGGCCCGUUCACAUCAGCUGCGAAGAAAGAUUUUUAAUUUUUCUACCUGGAGCCAGCCAGCUCGGUCGCUCUCUUCGUGGCCUCGCAGCGUCCCCUACCGAAGGUACCAAGGGGAAAUUAUUCAAGGGCUACAUUCUGGGCUCACUAACCCUGGUGUAAAUCCAGCGUAACAGCGGAGCUAGAGCCUGAUUCACUAGUGCCUCUCGCCAGGCUCAUGCUGGUGAAACUCCAGUGAUCUGCCUGGCGCUCCCGCCUGAAACAAGCAACGUGUUGAUGAAUCUGAGCCUUGUGUGCAAAUCCAGAGCAGCUCCACUGACCAGCGCAGGCCCGCUGGGCUAGCGCCGCUGGUGGGAACUGACCAGCUUACACCAGCUAAGGAUUCGGCCAGGAGCCCAAAUCCCUGGGCACGCUCCUGAUUUCAUAGCAAAUUCCAUCGCAAAUGCUCGUUUGGGUUCCGGCAGCAUUCAGGGUCUGACUCGUGCUGUAAACCAGAGCAGCAGUGUGGUCCAUGCAGCCCCACCCCGGAAAGCUGGAAUAUCUCCGCUGGUGUCGUUCUGUGACACACGGGUGCUCCUGAGACCAGCAUCUGGUGUCCCACAGCCUGGGGCCAGAGAACCGGUGUUGGCGGUUGGCUUCCUUCUGCACCACUCUUAGCCCAAGUGAGCUCUUCUGGUUGUGUGUGUAAUGCAAGCCACGAGGGGGAGGCACCCGCGCUUUCUUCGAGCUCCCCCCCAUCAGAUACUUGCUGGCACCCGUCUUGCCUUGAGCCUACCAGCAAACCCGCUUUCUUUGCAGAGACGUUUUGAUGGACAAAAAGGGCCUGCUGCCCCACGGCUGGCUUGGGCCCCUAACCUGGCCCCUUCCAGCGUGGCUCUGGAGGCCCGGAACCGUUCUCCGAUCAGAGACGCUCAGUAACAUUCGCGUUAAGUCGGGGAAUUCUUUCCGGGGGGGAGGGGGGAGUUGGUUGUGGGUGGAAGCCCAAGCGGAGAUGAUCCAGCUCUGUUUCUCCACCACGCCCUCUCUUCCUAGAAAGUAUGAGAGCAGAUAUGUAAAUACUAAUAUAUUCUAGUUUGCUUGGA